AUGACGAUCGGGAGGACGUCAUCACCAAAGCGCCCACUUAAUAUCUGACUGUGUUGUGGCUAUGGGGAAGGAAGCAAUGUGUUUAAAGUGUUCAUUGAUAAAAUGUGUAGGGUUUAUGUCCCAUGGACUAUGAUUAUCAAGAGCUGUGUGAACGUCACCUAGUAGCUAGCAUAUUGUAAGUAUUGCCUGUAAGUGGUAGAGGCAAUAAUAAUGAGACCACGUGUUUCACAGUACUUUAUUGUAUAGUAUAAUUUAUUAAUAUAUUUAUGUAUAGUUGUUGAAGAUGUGUAGACCAGUCUUACCUGUCAGUUCCAGUUUGAACAUGGAGUGCUCCGGUAGCGCGCGUAACCGGAGCCAUCCUGUAAUUAAGAUCAUUCCAUUUUCUAAAUGGGAGGGGUGCUAGGAGAUGUGGUAACAUAUCCGUUAUAUGAAUAAGUCAGUUUCAGUGUAAUUAUGUGGAAUAUAAGGGGUAUUUUUUUCUUUGUAUUAAUGUGAUUUUUCUUUUUGUAUUUUUGGUUUGAGGCAAUGUGUUCGGUGAGGUGUACAUUGAGAUAUGUGCUCCCCUAUGAUUGGUUCAUGCCAUUAUCGUCUGGCGGGAAAAUAGCCUAUUUAGUCAGUUUGUUUGUGGUUGUAAGGGGAGGGGGCAGAAGGCAGAAACUGUUUGAUUUGAAGUACAUGUCUGCUGUGAGAUGUGUAUGAACUGAAAGACGUACCCCUGCAAAUGGUUGAGUUGUAGGUUUGGCUGUUGACAGCAUUUUCCUUUGUGUUUUGUAGUUUCAGUGCUUGUUUUGUUGUAUUUUUGUUACUUUCUUUUUUUUUUUUGUUUCUUUUUGAAAUAUCACUCUGAAGUCAUCACUGAUUGGCGGCAUGUCUCUAAUAAAUUCGAGCAACUGGAAAAUUACCCUGUUGUACUGAGCCUUCCUAACUCCUUCCUGGCCUCUCAGUUACUUCUACCCGACAUAUGGUGGCAGCGGUGUUUCCAAGCCAUUAGGAGGCCAGUACACAGGAGUGCAUCAAACUUGGAGGCAACAGCUGUGUUUUCUGCAUUAAGACUGUUUAAGUGGUAUGUGCAGAGACUGUUGUUAAAAGAGAAUGCCACCUAAGAAGCAGGAUAAGGCAAGAGCUGUGGAGGAGGUUGAACCACCGGAUCAGUCUGAGGCUGAAGAAGUGUCUUCUGAGGGGAUGUCUGAUUCAGUUGCUGGGAUGCUGCAAACGUUCCUGCAAAGGCAGCAGCAAAGAGAAGAUCGAAUGGAGAAAGAGGUGCAGCGCCAGGAGCAUAAAUGGCGGACUCUCCAGCAUCAGUUUAUUCAGCUGCAAGCCGAAUUGCGUCAACAAGAGCAGGAUCGACUGUCUAUGGAAGGGGUGACGGUCGCCACCUCUUUACCAGCAGCUAUGGCUUCCCCUUCAUCUGCCUGUGUCAGCCGACAGCCCCCACAUAUAAACCAGGUUGAUGAUCUGACAUCAGCGCCAGCACAUGAGGUAGCAACGCAAGCAACGGGAUUCACUCAGCCAUGUUUUCAGUCCCCAAGAAUGCUGCCAUGGACUAAUGAUGAAGACAUAGAACAUUAUUUAACAACAUUUGAACGCAUUGCUCAAGCAUGCAGAUGGCCAAAGCAAGAUUGGGCAUUGCAUCUUCUUCCGCUGUUAACUGGUAAGGCGAGAGCAGCCUAUGUGGCCAUGGAUUCUGAUGAUGCUAUAAACUAUGAUGAUGUUAAACAAGCUAUUCUUGACAAGUUUGAAAUUAACAAUGAGACGUACAGACAACGCUUCAGAUCGUACAGUGCCCAGGAGGAUGAGACUCCAAGAGAGCUGCAAGUAAGGUUAAAAGACUUGUAUGAGAAAUGGAUGACUCCUAAACAUCGAACGAAAGAAGAGAUCGGUGACCAGAUUGUGUUAGAGCAGUUCCUUAAGUUACUUAGUCUAGAUACGAGAACAUGGGUGAAGCAGAACAACCCUACUUCAUCUAGGCAGGCAGCAGAGAUGGCAGAGGCCUUUAUGGCAGCAAGACAAUCUUUGAAUCAACCCAGACGAUGGCGGAACUACAGUAUCAGCCCAACUGGUAAGUCUGGGGAUGGUUUGAGUAGUGGUCUGACUAAUUCUAACCUAAGUUCUUAUGUCCCUCACGUUAAUUUGGGUACAGACACUAAUAAACAUCAGGGAGUAGUUAAUCGGUACAAGGGUAAAGCUGUAAUUGUGUGUCAUGCAUGUGGUCAGCCUAGACAUAAGAAAGUAGACUGCCCAGUACAGAAAGUUUCCAAUACUCGCCUUUGUUAUGUACCAAGACCAUUGUUAGAGUUCAGUGAUUUAGAGUUGAACAAAGACACAGUCAUUGAGGUGAAGAUAGGGAAUAAAUUCUACAAAGCUCUGGUUGAUUCGGGUUCGAGUCAAACUCUAGUAAGGACUGAAUGUUUGAUUGAAUUUGAUAUAUCAAGUCAAAGCAAAUUGAGGGUUCGGUGUAUUCACGGUGAUGAGAGAGAAUACCCCAAGACAGACUUGGUAAUUGAAAUAGACAACCAGGCUUACAAUUUGUCAGUUGGUGUAGUAGAGCAGGCACCAUAUCCAGUGAUAUUGGGUAGAGAUGUUCCAGUGCUUGUAGAUCUCUUGCAGACUGAUAGGGCAUUAGCAGAGGCUAGGGUUGUGACGAGAGCUCAGGCUAAGUAUGAUGGGACCUGUAAGCAGUCAUUGAAAGAUUUACCUUUUGAUGUGCACCCUAAAGUAAGGAAGUCUAGACGUGAUAGACGGCAGAGAAAAGUGGAGGGCACAAAAAUGGUUGAAAAGUUGCCUAAACCUAGUACUGAUGAAAUUGAACAUAUUUCACAUGAUAUAGUUCAGCUGCAGAGACCGGACAAAACACUGAAAUCUCUGUUUGAAAAGGCAGAGAAUAUGACCUCUUCAUUAAUGGUACAGAAAGAUCAUUUUGUAAUUCGGGAUGACAGGCUGUAUGUUCGGGGUGCUGAGGGAGAGAGAUUAGUGGUUCCAGAACCGAUAAGACUCAAGAUGUUGCAGUUGGGGCAUUCAGUGCCGUGGGCAGGACACCUGGGGCAGCAGAAAACGCUAGCCAGAAUUGCCAGUAGAUUUUAUUGGCCUAGGCUCUACAUGGAUGUAAUGGAUUUUUGUAGGUCAUGUCCGGAGUGUCAACUGGUGAGCCCAGCUAAGAAGGGUGAUAGAGCACCUCUAGUCAGUCUUCCUAUCAUUGAUGUCCCAUUCUCUCGAAUUGCUAUGGACAUUGUUGGUCCAUUGCAAAGAUCUAGUACAGGGAAUCGGUAUAUUCUAGUGGGCGCAGAUUACGCAACUAGAUACCCAGAGGCAUUUCCUCUCAAAAAAAUAAAGACAAGACAAAUUGUUAAUGCCCUGAUUCAACUUUUUUCACGGGUUGGUAUACCCAAGGAAAUAAUUACAGACCAGGGAACAAACUUUACGUCCAAACAAAUCAAGCAAGUGUAUUCAAUGUUGCGCAUACAUCCCAUUCAGACCACACCUUACCAUCCUCAGACUGACGGAAUGGUUGAAAGAUUCAAUCAGACAUUAAAAUCAAUGCUGCGCAAAUUUGUGUCUGAAACAGGUGCUGACUGGGACCACUGGCUGCCUUAUCUGAUGUUUGCCUACAGGGAAGUCCCACAGGUUUCCACGGGAUAUUCACCCUUUGAGUUACUGUACGGUCGUCAGGUUCGUGGGCCGCUAGAUGUCUUAAAGGAGGCUUGGGAAGCAGAUAAUGGAAGCGAGCACAUAAACAUCUUAUCUUAUGUCAUUAAGAUGCGGGAGAAGAUGGAUUCUAUGGUGGAAAUGGUGAGGAGUAAUAUGACAAAUGCCCAGCAACAGCAAAAGCAGUGGUAUGACCAAUCAAGCAGGAGUAGAACUCUUUCACCAGGGCAAAAAGUCUUGCUUCUGCUUCCCACAUCAGACAGCAGCUUAUUGGCCAAAUGGCAAGGGCCAUAUGAAGUGGUACGGAAAUUGAGCUCUACCAGUUAUGAAAUCCUUCUACCUGAUCGUCGAAAGAAAUAUCAGGUAUUUCAUAUUAACCUCCUACGACCCUGGCAUGAGAGAAAAGGCUCAUGGUCUGAACAGUUGUGGGCAAGAAAAGUGGACGAAGAGGAGGAAGUAGAGGAGCAGUACUUUCCGGUGGAUAAAGAAGUGCCUACUUUCCCAGCAGUUGAUCAUUUAACAACCAAGCAGCAGAUAGAAUUCCAAAAGCGGGUACCAGAGGGUUUGUUCAGCGACAAGCCAGGAAAAACAAAGCUUCUGCAGCAUAACAUUAGCCUUCUUAAAACUGAGCCCAUCAGACAAACACAUUGUAGAGUGCCUGCUCGUCUGUUACCUGCCUUGAAGAACGAAGUGAAAGUGAUGCUGGACUUGGGGAUCAUUGAACCAUCCAGGAGCGAAUGGUGCAGUCCGGUUGUUUUGGUUCCCAAGAAAGAUGGUACACUCAGAUUUUGUGUGGAUUUUUCAAAGCUUAAUGCAGUUUCUGCUUUUGAUCCAUAUCCAAUGCCAAGAGUCGACGAGCUGAUUGAGCGCCUAGGCAAAGCAAAGUACUUAACAACGCUUGACUUAUGCAAAGGAUACUGGCAAGUGCCACUGACGGAAUCUGCUAAAGAAUUGACUGCUUUUCGUGUUCCUUCAGGGCUGUCUCAUUUCCGGUUUAUGCCGUUUGGCUUGCACGGGGCAGCAGCUACAUUUCAACGCCUGGUAGAUCAAGUACUCAGAGGGAUGGACAGUUUUGCUGCAGCUUAUAUUGACGACAUUGUUAUCUUCAGCGCUACAUGGGAGGAACAUUUUGGGCACCUGGCUGAAGUAUUUGAUCGAGUCAAGCGGGCUGGUCUAGUCGUCAAUGCAAAAAAGUGCCAGAUUGCUAAGCCAGAAGUGACCUACCUUGGCUAUGUGUUGGGAGGGGGAUCCAUCAGACCACAAGUAGAUAAGGUACAAGCUAUCUUGUCAUGUGUACCUCCAACGACAAAGAAAAGUGUGAGAUCGUUCUUAGGCUUGAGCGGCUGGUACAGAAGAUUUGUUCCCAAUUUUGCCAGCAGAGCUGCAGUACUAACUGAUCUAACUCGGAAAAGUAGUCCCAUAAGAGUGAAGUGGACACCAGAGUGUGAGCAAGCUUUUCAAGACUUGAAGUUCUGCUUGUGUAAAUCUCCUGUCUUGCAAAGCCCGGAUUUUGACCUCCCUUUCAUAGUGCAGACAGAUGCGUCUGAGAUUGGACUAGGUGCUGUGCUGUUGCAAGGUGAAGGACCAGAUCGCCAUCCGGUACAGUAUAUCAGCAGAAAACUGUUCCCCAGAGAGGCUAACUACUCUACAAUUGAGAAGGAGGCCCUAGCUAUAAAGUGGGCUUUGGACACUCUAAAAUAUUAUAUCUUAUUGGAAAAGACUUUGUUUUGGAGACUGAUCAUAGAGCUCUGCAAUGGCUUAACAAAAUGA